AUGGCCCCUCCCGCCAUCAUUGCACCUUCAAUCCUCGCCGCCGACUUCGCGAAUCUAGGAGCAGAGUGCUCUAAUAUCAUCGACCAAGAUGCUACGUGGCUUCAUAUUGAUAUCAUGGACGGCCACUUUGUGCCAAAUAUCACAUUCGGCGCCCCUGUUGUUACCAAGAUCCGCAGCCAUGUUGCGCGGCCGACCGAGAAGCAUGGCAAGGGGACAUUUGACUGCCAUAUGAUGAUUGCGGAGCCGAAAAAAUGGGUCAAGGACUUCCAAAAGGCCGGAUGCGAUCUGUACUGUUUCCACUAUGAAGCUGCAAUCUCGAGCACGGCGGCCGAGAGCCCAGAAGAGACGAGCAACGCGAAGACGAACCCUAAAGAGAUGAUAAGAUACAUUCAUGACUGUGGCAUGCUAGCCGGUAUCGCCAUUAAGCCCGAUACGAGUGUGGAUGUUUUGUGGGAUAUUUUGGAGAACGAGAAUGCGAAUGAACGGCCGGAUAUGGUGUUGGUCAUGACAGUUCACCCCGGGUUUGGAGGACAGAAAUUUAUGGCUUCCGAGUUGCCCAAGGUUACAGAGCUGAGAAAACGAUACCCGGAAUUGAAUAUCGAGGUUGAUGGGGGGUUGGGUCCUGGAACGAUUGACCAGGCCGCGGAUGCUGGCGCAAACGUUAUCGUUGCGGGGAGUGCGGUAUUUGGGGCGCAGAAUCCGGGCGAAGUUAUUGCUCUGUUGAAAGACGCCGUUGAGAAAAGGAGAGGGAAAUUAUAA